AUGUACUAUCCGAGCACCCCAGAAAGACAGCAACAACCACAGUCCAUUGUUCACCAUUUGUCUCGGAUGGGGUCAAAGAUGGCUGUUCCAUUUCGAAUGAAGCAAUGUUCUCCAUUGAGACGAAGAUUAAAACAUGGCGAUGAAGAAGGGACCCUUCAGAGCUCCAAAAGAACUACAGUUAGCACCUCUCUUACUGAACUCCAAGACACUGUCUAUGAAAGCAAUGAUGAAUUCUCGGCUACUUCUGAUUGGUUCAAUGAUAGUGAUCGACAGCAUCAUUUUUCCCUGCAUGAGGAGGACGAAGCAAAGAGCACUAGCAGUGACGAAGAGACUGAAGAUGUUUUCAUCUCUCUUGAUCAGAACGAGUUCCUCAUGGAAUGCUUGAUGACAAAUCAAUGCAGUGAUGUGACAUUCAUUGUCAUGUUUAGCGCUGGAUCGUGCUAUUUGUCAAAGCAUCUAGAGGAGAUCGUCGCUAUCAGGACCGCGAAAUCUGGGUGCAAUUGCCAAUGCCGACGAGUCCACUCUCGCAAAGCACCAAUGUUCACUCAGAAACUUCAAAUCGAUGUGGACCAACCAACCCUUGUGGCCAUGAAGAACGGAUCAGUGAUCGGUAAAAUGUCCAACAUUUCUCCAUCUGGUUGGGAACUGGACAAGUGGCUGACCGAUACCAAUCUGAUGACAAAAAGAGACAGUGAAUCAGAUUUCCAAUCAUUAAGCACCCGAUCAAGCCACUUGUAA